UUGGAUUUUGACCAAGAUGGUUACAGUGGAGGGGGAGUGUACCCUAGUAGCUGGGCGUGUCUGCUGCUCUACGAUAAUAUAAAGGGACCUAGUUGUAUAGACAGUCAACUUGUUAGGUUCAUUUCUUGUACAUUUAAUACAGGGAAAUCAAAAAGGAGCAAAAUGAGUCUGACAGCAAAGGACAAAUCUUUGGUCAAGGCCUUCUGGGGCAAGAUUAGUGGAGAGGCAGAUGUCGUCGGCGCUGAGGCUUUGGGAAGGUAAGCCUUCUUCAAAAAAAGAAUUAUGAGAAUGGUUGUGUUUAACCUGUUGACAGCGGCCUAUGUGCCUACCCGGACGAAACAUUUUAACAUACAAUAAGUCAACUACUUUGAUUACAUUGUAGACACAGACGAUGGGAGAAAUAUGAUACGCGUAAUGCUUAGAAGUUGAAAAUCGAAUAAAAACGCCUAUGGUACAAACUAUUCUGUACCUUCCUUUGCAGGAUGCUGACUGCUUACCCCCAGACUAAGACCUACUUCUCCCACUGGGCUGACCUGAGCCCCGGCUCUGCCCCAGUCAAGAAGCAUGGAAGUACCAUCAUGGGUGCAAUUGGUAAUGCUGUCGGAAAGAUGGACAACCUCGUUGGAGGACUGAGUGCUCUCAGCGAUUUGCACGCUUUCAAUAUGCGCGUUGACCCUGGAAACUUCAAGGUUCGCUCCCAGAUAACCUAUUGUCUGUAUAUUGAUCACUUUCGACAUCAACUCUAAGUCUGUUGCUAUGGCUUAAUCCUUCAAUAUUAACUUUAAAAAUAUACUUUUCAGAUUCUGUCCCACAACAUCCUUGUGACCCUGGCUGUUCACUUCCCUGUGGAUUUCACUCCCGAAGUGCACAUUGCUGUGGAUAAAUUCCUUGCAGCCUUGUCCGCUGCCCUGGCUGACAAAUACAGAUAAAUUGGAGUUCAGUUCCUGCUCUGUUGUUAUCACAAUAAAAGAAACAGGCAAUUCAUUAAGUUAUGUCCUCUGUUUGUGUCCUUAUUCCACCGCAGUUCACCAUCACAAAGUCAUAUUUGAAUUUGAUCACUACCACAUCUAGAUGUAAUACAUUAAAUGAAGAAAAGAAGGAGUAAGUAUUAAAUAGUGAUUUAGGCCCACCAUGCACUAGCUCAGUAUGUUGUUCUCCAUAACUUUGGAUAGCCUAUCUAAUGCGUGGAACAUGAAUUUAGCUGACCUCAUUUAAUAUUUGAUUAAUGUGGAGUUGUUCCCGACAGGGGUUGGUAAACUGAAUGGGCUAUAUGAAUAGACAGCAUAGGCACAAUGAAAACCUAUUCAAAGAUGAACAAAUAUUUAUUUUAGGCCUACAUGAAUUUUAAAUAUUUUAAUAACUUUUGAGUAUUUUGUAAUUUGUAUUGUGGUAAAAAUGACCAUGUAAUUUGCAACAAGACUCUGUUGCAAAUGGUAGGGUAUAUUGUAUUUUCAAUGCAGUGAAUUUGGUCCAAAGGGGGACGUGAACUCGACUUUGAAAGCGAACACGUUGUGUUAUAAUGUAUAUAACACACUCACUCUCAUUCUGAAAGUUCCGUGACUCGACUUUCUUUCAAACCCCUUUCGGCACCGCUGCAUUUUGUAGUUUAUUUUUGAUAAAAUUGUAUUUUAUUUUAUUUUGUAGUAAUAAAGUAUCUUUGCGCAUCUCUUAACCUAAAUGUAUGUAAAUUAAAAGGUUUUACUAUUUCGUACAAAGGUGUAUUGUUUUUAAAAUGUGUUGAAAUGUAGCCUAGUAGGCAUACUAGUGGGAUAGUCCCUCGGGCUCUUGGGUAUGACAUUUAAAAAUGUGCUUAAAAGAUUGACUUAGGCUACAUGGGGUUUUAGUACAAAAACGGCAAAAGCAUUUCUUGACAGCGGAUUGCAGUAAUUCUUUUGUAAGGAAACCAAUACCUAAAUAUCUAAAAACAAAGAAUAUCAAUAUCUAAAUAUGUAAAUAGUUAGGCCUAUUUCACUUUGUAAAUGAGGCAACAUUAGGCCUAUGUGAUCAUUUGUCCACGCUUUAGGAAAUAAUUUCGAUUUCAAACUUAAAGAUAUGUAGCCCUAGGCCUAGGCCUAGGCCUAUAUAUCACUCAUUUGAACCCUCUGAAGGCCUAACUAGAAACCAUGUGCCAUUAGUAAAAUUGCAGGAGAGCAUUUUCCAUCGAAAAACAACACUUCAAAAACAUAAAUGCUUUUAAAUUGAUUUUUAUUAUUUUCAAUAUGUGUAGCUAUGGCACAGCUUCCAGCCUAACAGACUGGAGUUGGAGUGUAAUCUCUCUUCCAUAUUGAUACUGUCGAGUGACGCUCUAGUGGUACUGUCUGCCGAGAGCGGACACAACGACAGCCAGGAACUUCUGGAAGGCUUCCUGAGUAUCAGCACUGAAACCGGCGGGACCGAGCUUGGCGGCCACGCACACGGUGAUGCAGUCGGCGAGGAGCUGUGGAGAGGGGACCGUAAAAUAACCACAUGGAAAAUGAAAUAUUGCCAUAAGCUUUACAUUGGCUCAUAACGCUAUUUAAUGCAUUUUUUGUUGCUAAAGUUUAAUACUCACCCUGAAGUUAUCGGGAUCCACGUGCAGUUUCUCCGAGUGCAUCACACUCAUUGCAGUAUAGGUGUUUUUGAUGUCAUCCAGGUUCUGCACAGCUCUGUCCAGUCCGUGCAUCACGGUCUUUCCGUGUUUGGCAACAGCGGGGUUACUCAUGAUGGCAGCGGGUGUGGACAGGUUGUCGAAGGUGCUGAAGUGCCUCUGAGUCCAUGGAGAUACGAUCAGAAGUCUAAAAAUAAAUAAAACAGGCUGCAAUUACAAUUAUACUUCACAAUCAAUAAGGUCUGUAUCGCACCAAAAGUGAACACCGCGAUAUCCUAUUGCGCAAAUAGUGCUAUAUAGCCUAUGUAGCCUAUUAUCGUGUUUUUUAUUUAAUUUAUUUUUUUCACCUUUAUUUAACCAGGUAAGCCAGUUGAGAACAAGUUCUCAUUUACAACUGCGACCUGGCCAAGAUAAAGCAUAGCAGUGCGAUAAAAACAACAACACCGAGUUACAUAUGGGGUAAAAAAAACAUAAAGUCAAAAAAUACAACAGAAAAUAUAUAUACAGUGUGUGCAAAUGUAGCAAGUUAUGGAGGUAAGGCAAUAAAUAGGCUAUAGUGCAAAAUAAUUACAAUUAGUAUUAACACUGGAAUGCUAGAUGUGCAAGAGAUUAUGUGCAAAUAGAGAUACUGGGGUGCAAAUUAGCAAAAUAAAUAACAAUAUAGGGAUGAGGUAGUUGGGUGGGCUAAUUUCAGAUGGGCUGUGUACAGGUGCAGUGAUCGGUAAGGUGCUCUGACAACUGAUGCUUAAAGUUAGUGAGGGAGAUAAGAGUCUCCAGCUUCAGAGAUUUUUGCAAUUCGUUCCAGUCAUUGGCAGCAGAGAACUGGAAGGAAUGGCGGCCAAAGGAGGUGUUGGCUUUGGGAAUGACCAGUGAGAUAUACCUGCUGGAGCGCAGACUACGGGUGGGUGCUGCUAUGGUGACCAAUGAGCUAAGAUAAGGUGGGGAUUUGCCUAGCAGUGAUUUAUAGAUGGCCUGGAGCCAGUGGGUUUGACGACGGACAUGUAGUGAGGACCAGCCAACAAGAGCGUACAGGUCACAGUGGUGGGUAGUGUAUGGGGCUUUGGAGACAAAACGAAUGGCACUGUGAUAGACUACAUCCAAUUUGCUGAGUAGAGUGUUGGAGGCUAUUUUGUAAAUGACAUCGCCGAAGUCAAGGAUCGGUAGGAUAGUCAGUUUUACGAGGGCAUGUUUGGCAGCAUGAGUGAAGGAGGCUUUGUUGCGAAAUAGGAAGCCGAUUCUAGAUUUAACUUUGGUGGAUUGGAGAUUCUUAAUGUGAGUCUGGAAGGAGAGUUUACAGUCUAACCAAACACCUAGGUAUUUGUAGUUGUCCACAUACUCUAGGUCAGACCCGUCGAGAGUGGUGAUUCUAGUCGGGUGGGCGGGUGCCAGCAGCGUUCGAUUGAAGAGCAUGCAUUUCGUUUUACUAGUGUUUAAGAGCAGUUGGAGGCUACUGAAGGAGUGUUGUAUGGCAUUGAAGCUCGUUUGGAGGUUUGUUAACACAGUGUCCAAUGAAGGGCCAGAUGUAUACAACAUGGUGUCGUCUGCGUAGAGGUGGAUCUGAGAGUCACCAGCAGCAAGAGCGACAUCAUUGAUAUACACGGAGAAAAGAGUCGGCCCAAGAAUUGAACCCUGUGGCACCCCCAUAGAGACUGCCAUAGGUCCAGACAACAGGCCCUCCGAUUUGACACACUGAACUCUAUCUGAGAAGUAGUUGGUGAACCAGGCGAGGCAGUCAUUUGAGAAACCAAGGCUAUUUAGUCUGCCAAUAAGAAUGCGGUGGUUGACAGAGUCGAAAGCCUUGGCCAGGUCGAUGAAGACGGCUGCACAGUACUGUCUAUUAUCGAUCGCGGUUAUAAUAUCGUUUAGGACCUUGAGCGUGGCUGAAGUGCACUCAUGACCAGCUCGGAAACCGGAUUGUAUAGCGGAGAAGGUACGGUGGGAUUCGAAAUGGUCGGUGAUCUGUUUGUUAACUUGGCUUUCAAAUACUUUCGAAAGGCAGGGCAGGAUGGAUAUAGGUCUGUAACAGUUUGGAUCUAGAGUGUCACCCCCUUUGAAGAGGGGGAUGACCGUGGCAGCUUCCAAUCUCUGGGGAUCUCAGACGUUACGAAAGAGAGGUUGAACAGACUAGUAAUAGUGGUUGCGACAAUUUCGGCUGCUAGUUUUAGAAAGAAAGGGUCCAGAUUGUCUAGCCCAGCUGAUUUGUAGGGGUCCAGAUUUUGCAGCUCUUUCAGAACACCAGCUGUCUGAAUUUGUGUGAAGGAGAAGCCGGGGGGGGGGGGGGGGGGGGCAUGGGCAAGUUGCAGCGGAGGGUGCAGAGUUGGUGGCCGGGGUAGUGGUAGCCAGGUCGAAACCAUGGCCAGCCGUAGCAAAAUGCUUGUUGAAAUUCUCGAUUAUUGUAGACUUAUCGGUGGUGAUAGUGUUUCCUAGCCUCAGUGCAGUGGGCAGCUGGGAGGAAGUGCUCUCAUUCUCCAUGGACUUUACAGUGUCCCAAAACUUUUUGGAGUUAGUGCUACAGGAUGCAAAUUUCUGUUUGAAAAAGUUAGCCUUUGCUUUCCUGACUGCUUGUGUAUAUUGGUUCCUAACUUCCCUGAAAAGUUGCAUAUCGCGGGGGCUAUUUGAUGCUAAUGCAGUACGCCACAGGAUGUUUUUGUGCUGGUCAAGGGCAGUCAAGUCUGAGGAGAACCAGGGGCUAUAUCUGUUCUUAGUUCUGUAUUUUUUGAAUGGGGCAUGUUUAUUUAAGAUUGAGAGGAAAUUACUUUUAAAGAACAACCAGGCAUCCUCUACUGACGGAAUGAGAUCUAUAUCCAUCCAGGAUACCUGGGCCAGGUCAAUUAGGAAGGCCUGCUCGCUAAAGUGUUUUAGGGAGCGUUUGACAGUGAUGAGGGGUGGUCGUUUGACCGCGGACCCGUUACGGACGCAGGCAGUAAGGCAGUGAUCGCUGAGAUCCUGGUUGAAGACAGCAGAGGUGUAUUUAGAGGGUAAGUUAGUCAGGAUGAUAUCUAUGAGGGUACCCAUGUUUACGGAUUUAGGGUUGUACCUGGUAGGUUCGUUGAUAAUUUGCGUGAGAUUGAGGGCAUCUAGUUUGGAUUGUAGGAUGGCCGGGUUAUUAAGCAUAUCCCAAUUUAGGUCACCAAGCAAUACGAACUCUGAGGAUAAAUGGGGGGCAAUCAAUUCACAUAUGGUGUCCAGGGCACAGCUGGGGGCUGAGGGGGGUCUGUAGCAAGCAGCUAUUUCUGGAAAGGUGGAUUUUUAGAAGUAGAAGCUCAAAUUGUUUGGGCACAGACCUGGAUAGUAUGAUAGAGCUCUGCAGGCUAUCUCUACAGUAGAUUGCAACUCCACCCCCUUUGGCAGUUCUAUCUAGACGGAAAAUGUUAUAGUUGGGGAUGGAAAUUUCUGAAUUUUUGGUGGCCUUCCUAAGCCAGGAUUCAGACACUGCUAGAACAUCAGGGUUGGCGGAGUGUGCUAACGCAGUGAAUAAUUCAAACUUAGGAAGUAGACUUCUGAUAUUUACAUGCAGGAAACCAAGGCUUUUGCGAUUACAGAUGUCAGCAAAUGAUAGCUCCUGGGGAGAAGGAGUGAUACUGAGGGCUGCAGGGCCUGGGUUAGCCUCUACAUCACCGGAGGAACAGAGGAGGACUAGAAUAAGGAUACGGCUAAAGGCUUUAAGAACUGGUCUUCUAGUGCGUUGGGUACAUAGAAUAAAGGGGGCAGAUUUCCGGGCGUUGUAGAAAAGAUUCAAUGCAUUAUGUACAGACAACGAUAUGGAAGGAUAUGAGUAAAGUGGAGGUAAACCUAAGCGUUGGGUAACAAUGAAAGAGAUAGCAUCACUGGAGGCACCAAUUGAGUCGGUCUCCGCAUUUAUGGGGGGUGGGACAAAGGAGCUAUCUAAGGCAGGUUUAGCUGGGCUGGGGGAUCUACAGUGAAAUAGUACAAUUAGAAAUAACCGAAACAACAAUAAGCUAACCAUAUUGAGAUGGGAGAGAGGCAUAAAGCAAUCACAGGUGUAAUUUGAGAGAGCUAAGACAACAGCUGGUAAUGACGACACAGUUUGGGCUGGGGCUAAACAUAAACAGGAUGCGGUACCGUAAAAAGGAACAGUCCAGCAGACAUCAGCUGUAUAGCUGAGUUAUCAUAAGGUCCGGUGAACAGCAGUAGGAUAGUUCGGAGGUAGUUCGGGGGUUGCUAAAGCACUAGCGAGCAAGAGGCCAUGGUGAGCGUGUGCUAGCGGGCCGGGGCUAGCAGAUGGAAUCUUCGUGGUCGACGUCGUAACGGGAAGCCUGUUGUAACCACAUCAGACGAUUUCGUCGGCAGACCAGUCGUGUAGGAUCAGCGGGGCUCCGUGUCAACACUAGGUGGUCCCGUCCGGUUGACAGAGAGGUAGAUAGCCGGGAGAUGGGCCUAGCUCAGGAUGAUUAGCCAGACCACAACGUCCAUUUUGUUGCAGCUAGCUGGUAGCGAUGAAUCCGGAGUUAAAGGUCCAGUGAUUCAGUGAUUCCGGCAGAAAAACUGAUAUGUCCUGGGUCGAUAACGCGCUGUGCAGACAGUGCUGACUGGCCGAAUAAUAGUCCAGACUAGAGCUGGCUGGUGGGUGGUGCAGGCCACAGACAAUGGUGAAAAACCGCUAACGGUAGCUGAUAGCAAGUAGCUAGUUAGCUGGCUACUCCCGUCCGGUAGACCUAGAGGUAGAUAUGAGCCUGGCUCUAGGCUAGCUCGAGGCUAACUGGUGCUUGCAUCGGGGGCAGUGGUAAUUAGCCAGACAGCAACAUCCAUUCGGUUGCGGCUAGCUAGUUGCGAUCCGGUGAUUAAUGUCCAGUGAUUCAAUUAUUCCCGCAGAAAAAUCCAAUGUUCUGGGUGAAAUACCGCUAACUGUGGCUAAUAGCAAGUAGCUAGUUAGCUGGCUAGCUAGUUUCAACUGGAGAUUUUAGAUAAAAGGUAAGUCAAUAAUAGAGGUUGCAGGAAAGUAUAUUUUGUAGAAGGAUGAAAAGUCUGAUAGGGAAAUAUGUACGAAAAAAACAAAACAAAAACAGGGUAUUUACAGGCUAUUUACAGACACACGACAAAAACAGGACUGCACUACUACACCAUCUUGGAUAUUUAAUGAUAUCUAAAUCAAUAUUACAAUACUGUACCUGGCCAGGGCCUGGGGUCCGAUCUCAUCCACGCUGAUCUUUCCCCACAGGCCUACGAUGGCACUGCGCUCAGCAUUUAGGCGUUGCCAAUUCAAAUUAUUACGGAUCGAAUAAACAGGUAAUGAUUAGCCUUCAUAAACACAUGCAUACUUAAUGAUGCAAUCGAACAUAAUUUCAAAAAGUAAAAUGUAUAGACCAAUAAAGGAUUUUGGUUCCUUUAGCCCUAAAUUCUCUUUUAAUUUAUCGUUGUAAUAUUUACAUUGAAUUGUAAUAUUAUCUUUGUAAAAUGCUAAUUAUUAAUGUAAGUGUUUAUUUAGGGUCUUGUUUAAAAAAUAAAAACCUAGAUUGGGUGUAAACUAUUGAAGAAAGAGCAUGACUAAAAAUGUGUGUUAUCUUCAUAUUCAGAGGGCCCCACCCAUUUGAUAGUUCCAUAUUUCUGGUAUUUUUUAAUGAUGAAUCGAAAUGUCAGUUGGGGAAAAGCCGUUGUUGUACAGGCUAGCCUUCAUCAGGGGAAUUGCAUGAUACUUUUUAACUGGACACUACUCAAUUUGAAUAUUAGCCUAUUUCAUUCAAUGAAAGUGUAAAGCUUUUUGUUUAAUUCCUCUGAAAUAAAAUGCAUGUAGCCUACAUAUUGUUAAAUGUUUUGUGAUAGCAUGAAAACGUGAUUUUGUACAUGGUGGAAAAACCCUUGUUGGCAAUCACACAGGUCAGACGUUUCUUGUAGUUGGCCACCAGGUUUGCCCACAUCUCAGGAGGGAUUUUGUUCCACUCCUCUUUGCAGAUAUUCUCCAAGUCAUUAAGGUUUCAAGGCUGACAUUUGGCAACUCGAACCUUCAGCUCCCUCCACAGAUUUUCUAUGGGAUUAACGUGUGGAGACUGGCUAGGCCACUCCAGGACCUUAAUGUGCUUCUUCUUGAGCCACUCCUUUGUUGCCUUAGCCGUGUGUUUUGGGUCAUUGUCAUGCUGGAAUACCCAUCCACGACCCAUUUUCAAUGCCCUGGCUGAGGGAAGGAGGUUCUCACCCAAGAUUUGACGGCCCCGUCCAUCGUCCCUUUGAUGCGGUGAAAUUGUCCUGUCCCCUUCUUGGUGACUAUGGUCUCAGAUGCCUUGAGAUCAUUGACAAGAUCCUCCCGUGUAGUUCUGGGCUGAUUCCUCACCGUUCUCAUGAUCAUUGCAACUCCACGAGGUGAGAUCUUGCAUGGAGCCCCAGGCCGAGGGAGAUUGACAGUUAUUUUGUGUUUCUUCCAUUUGCGAAUAAUCGCACCAACUGCUUGGCGAUGGUCUUGUAGCCCAUUCCAGCCUUGUGUAGGUCUACAAUCUUGUUCCUGACAUCCUUGGAGAGCUCUUUGGUCUUGGCCAUGGUGGAGAGUUUGAAAUCUGAUUGAUUGAUUGCUUCUGUGGACAGGUGUCUUUUUUACAGGUAACAGGCUGAGAUUAGGAGCACUCCCUUUAAGAGUGUGCUCCUAAUCUCAGCUCGUUACCUGUAUAAAAGACACCUGGGAUCCAGAAAUCUUUCUGAUUGAGAGGGGGUCAAAUACUUAUUUCCCUCAUUAAAAUGCAAAUAGACUGAUCAUUUCUUUGUCAGUGGUUAAACGUACAAAAUCAGCAGGGGAUCAAAUACUUUUUUCCCUCACUGUAGGUGGAUAAACGGACAAGACGCAGCUAUGAGUCUCUCAGCCAAGGACAAAGCCAAGGUGAAGGCCAUCUGGGGCAAGAUCCUCCCUAAAUCCGAUGAGAUUGGAGAACAGGCUCUUUCCAGGUAAUUACAUAACGAUGUAUGAUAAAUUAUAGACUAGUGACAUGUAGGCUGUUCAAAUUAUUAACACAGAAUUCCUCAGUCAAUUUGAAAGCUAUAAAUGCUUAGCCUACUCUAGAACCUAAAAGGGUUGUUCAGCUGUCCCUAUAGGAUAACGCAUUGAAUAACCAUUUUUGGUUCGAGGUAGAGAACCCUUUUGGUUCCAGGUAGAACCCUUUUGGAACCCUUUUUCUAAGAGUGUAUGUCGGCGAAGAAAGGGCGGGAGCCCCGACCGUGUGAAUGAUUAUUGAAUAUUCAUUUUGGCUCACCUGAUUUCUAAUGUCCACGACAGGAUGGUGGUUGUCUACCCCCAGACCAAGGCCUACUUCUCCCACUGGGCUUCCGUGGCCCCCGGUUCCGCUCCAGUGAAGAAGCACGGCAUCACCAUCAUGAAUCAGAUCGAUGAAUGUGUAGGCAACAUGGACAAUCUCGUUGAUUUCUUGUCCAAGCUCAGUGAACUGCACGCCACCAAGCUGAGGGUGGACCCCACCAACUUCAAGGUAAGAGAAUAAGACUGGAAAGAACACACACCAAAAUAGGAGAUUUUACCUGUGUGAAUGUGAAAUAAUCUAUUUCCCUUUUCAUUUGCAGAUCCUGGCUCACAACCUGAUUGUGGUCGUUGCCGCCUACUUCCCUGCGGAAUUCACCCCCGAGAUCCAUCUGUCCGUGGACAAGUUCCUGCAGCAACUAGCUCUGGCCCUGGCGGAGAAGUACCGCUAAACGGGAGUUCAGCUGUCAAGCUGUCAUCCGAGGCAUAAUGUCCAUCCAAUAUUGACACACUGACAAUGUCUUGUGAUAUAUAUUGUCGGCUACAUUUGGAUUCUCUUGUAGAAUGGAUUUGUCACGUCAACUAUAAAAUAAAGUUAACAGCCUAUUUCACAUUGUUUCAAGGGCAUUUCAUAAAAUUAUGCACUUCACAAUGAAUUAUAUUUUUACUCCACUUUUGCAUACACCUUGACAUUAAAAUGUCCUAAAUGAAUGUGCCUGAGACCAAUAUGUUGUGGCCAGACAUUAAUCUUCAUUGUCAUAUAGCAGGAUAGCAUGAUUGAUUUCCCUGCUGUAACUGGCCAAAUAACUACACAAGGCCAUUUACGUAACUUUAACGGGAUGCGUUCUAAAUUAAAUGGGGAAAUCUUGGGAACUUUCCCUGAAGUUGACUGCAACAUAACAACCUUAUUUGAUAUCUUGCGUCAGUCUUAGAUCAUAUAGUUUGGACACAGAUAUUUGUAUAGGCUAUUUUCCAUAUUUUCAUAAAACAUUUGAAACAAUCAGGACUCAAACAACGUCUUUUUAGGAUGUAAGAUAUCUUUAAGAUGUAAGAUGACAGCACUGUGACAUUUUAAAAAACAUUUCUUAUUUGAAGAAGGCAAUUCAUUAUCAGUGAGUGUUGUGUGAGAGAUGGCUGAGAUUUCAGUGUCUUAAAGAUGACUUCCUACAGGCCGAGCCUACUGGCCAGGUAAUAAGAUACAGCUUUGGCCACACAUCAGCCAUCUUUCCAAGAAGCAUCCACUGCAGUGAAAAAAACCUAGUGGUCAAACAAGGAAAUGGUUCCAAUUUAAAAUAAGGGCUGUGUUUCGCGUAAGCUUACUCUGGCGUGACGUUUUGAUAACUGUGUAAAUCUCUCUAGGACAAGGUGACUUUUAUCAAUAUAUUCACCUGUAUUUAUCCUCCCAAAAUGAAAUGCUGAUUAGCUGCUAAUGUGGCUAUCAUAAAGAACUACAAAUGACAUAAUGAUCUGGACGAGACUGCCGAAUCAAGGCGAAUGUAAGAAUCUCUGGAUUAACUAGCUAAUGUUUGUUGUUUUUUUGUUUGUUUUUAGGGGGUAGAUCAGCUUUAAUAUUUCAGAUAGAUUGUAACUUCCAUCAAUGUAAUUGUCUGCAUAAUUUCCAAUCCCCCAUAUGUUUUUUUCUCUCGCAAAUAUAUAUAUAUAUAUAUAUAUAUAUAUAUAUAUAUAUAUAUACAGUGGGGAGAACAAGUAUUUGAUACACUGCCGAUUUUGCAGGUUUUCCUACUUACAAAGCAUGUAGAGGUCUGUAAUUGUUAUCAUAGGUACACUUCAACUGUUUUUUGAGCAGUGUAUAAUUUAUAAAAGGAUAUGUGUGUGUGUGUAUGGAGGUAUGUACAGUGGGGGAAAAAAGUAUUUAGUCAGCCACCAAUUGUGCAAGUUCUCCCACUUAAAAAGAUGAGAGAGGCCUGUAAUUUUCAUCAUAUGUACACGUCAACUAUGACAGACAAAAUGAGAAAAACAAUUCCAGAAAAUCACAUUGUAGGAUUUUUAAUGAAUUUAUUUGCAAAUUAUGGUGGAAAAUAAGUAUUUGGUCACCUACAAACAAGCAAGAUUUCUGGCUCUCACAGACCUGUAACUUCUUCUUUAAGAGGCUCCUCUGUCCUCCACUCGUUACCUGUAUUAAUGGCACCUGUUUGAACUUGUUAUCAGUAUAAAAGACACCUGUCCACAACCUCAAACAGUCACACUCCAAACUCCACUAUGGCCAAGACCAAAGAGCUGUCAAAGGACACCAGAAACAAAAUUGUAGACCUGCACCAGGCUGGGAAGACUGAAUCUACAAUAGGUAAGCAGCUUGGUUUGAAGAAAUCAACUAUGGGAGCAAUUAUUAGGAAAUGGAAGACAUACAAGACCACUGAUAAUGUCCCUCGAUCUGGGGCUCCACGCAAGAUCUCACCCCGUGGGGUCAAAAUGAUCACAAGAAUGGUGAGCAAAAAUCCCAAAACCACACGGGGGGACCUAGUGAAUGACCUGCAGAGAGCUGGGACCAAAGUAACAAAGCCUACCAUCAGUAACACACUACGCCGCCAGGGACUCAAAUCCUGCAGUGCCAGACGUGUCCCCCUGCUUAAGCCAGUACAUGUCCAGGCCCGUCUGAAGUUUGCUAGAGUGCAUUUGGAUGAUCCAGAAGAGGAUUGGGAGAAUGUCAUAUGGUCAGAUGAAACCAAAAUAUAACUUUUUGGUAAAAACUCAACUCGUCGUGUUUGGAGGACAAAGAAUGCUGAGUUGCAUCCAAAGAACACCAUACCUACUGUGAAGCAUGGGGGUGGAAACAUCAUGCUUUGGGGCUGUUUUUCUGCAAAGGGACCAGGACGACUGAUCCGUGUAAAGGAAAGAAUGAAUGGGGCCAUGUAUCGUGAGAUUUUUUAGUGAAAACCUCCUUCCAUCAGCAAGGGCAUUGAAGAUGAAACGUGGCUGGGUCUUUCAGUAUGACAAUGAUCCCAACCACACCGUCCGGGCAUCGAAGGAGUGGCUUCGUAAGAAGCAUUUCAAGGUCCUGGAGUGGCCUAGCCAGUCUCCAGAUCUCAACUCCAUAGAAAAUAUUUGGAGGGAGUUGAAAGUCCAUGUUGCCCAGCGACAGCCCCAAAACAUCACUGCUCUAGAGAAGAUCUGCAUGGAGGAAUGGGCCAAAAUACCAGCAACAGUGUGUGAAGACCUUGUGAAGACUUACAGAAAUCGUUUGACCUGUGUCAUUGCCAACAAAGGGUAUAUAACAAAGUAUUGACAAACUUUUGUCAUUGACCAAAUACUUAUUUUCCACCAUAAUUUGCAAAUAAAUUCAUUAAAAAUCCUACAAUGUGAUUUUGUGGAUUUUUUUUUCUCAUUUUGUCUGUCAUAGUUGACGUGUACCUAUGAUGAAAAUUACAGGCCUCUCUCAUCUUUUUAAGUGGGAGAACUUGCACAAUUGGUGGCUGACUAAAUACUUUUUUCCCCCACUGUAUAUACACUGCUCAAAAAAAUAAAGGGAACACUUAAACAACACAUCCUAGAUCUGAAUGAAUGAAAUAAUCUUAUUAAAUACUUUUUUCUUUACAUAGUUGAAUGUGCUGACAACAAAAUCACACAAAAAUUAUCAAUGGAAAUCAAAUUUAUCAACCCAUGGAGGUCUGGAUUUGGAGUCACCCUCAAAAUUAAAGUGGAAAACCACACUACAGGCUGAUCCAACUUUGAUGUAAUGUCCUUAAAACAACUCAAAAUGAGGCUCAGUAGUGUGUGUGGCCUCCACGUGCCUGUAUGACCUCCCUACAAUGCCUGGGCAUGCUCCUGAUGAGGUGGCGGAUGGUCUCCUGAGGGAUCUCCUCCCAGACCUGGACAGUCUGUGGUGCAACGUGGCGUUGGUGGAUGGAGCGAGACAUGAUGUCCCAGAUGUGCUCAAUUGGAUUCAGGUCUGGGGAACGGGCGGGCCAGUCCAUAGCAUCAAUGCCUUCCUCUUGCAGGAACUGCUGACACACUCCAGCCACAUGAGGUCUAGCAUUGUCUUGCAUUAGGAGGAACCCAGGGCCAACCGCACCAGCAUAUGGUCUCAUAAGGGGUCUGAUGAUCUCAUCUCGGUACCUAAUGGCAGUCAGGCUACCUCUGGCGAGCACAUGGAGGGCUGUGUGGCCCCCCAAAGAAAUGCCACCCCACACCAUGACUGACCCACCGCCAAACCGGUCAUGCUGGAGGAUGUUGCAGGCAGCAGAACGUUCUCCACGGCGUCUCCAGACUCUGUCACGUCUGUCACGUGCUCAGUGUGAACCUGCUUUCAUCUGUGAAGAGCACAGGGCGCCAGUGGCGAAUUUGCCAAUCUUGGUGUUCUCUGGCAAAUGCCAAACGUCCUGCACAGUGUUGGGCUGUAAGCACAACCCCCACCUGUGGACGUCGGGCCCUCAUACCACCCUCAUGGAGUCUGUUUCUGACCGUCUGAGCAGACACAUGCACAUUUGUGGCCUGCUGGAGGUCAUUUUGCAGGGCUCUGGCAGUGCUCCUCCUGCUCCUCCUUGCACAAUGGCGGAGGUAGCGGUCCUGCUGCUGGGUUGUUGCCCUCCUACGGCCUCCUCCACGUCUCCUGAUGUACUGGCCUGUCUCCUGGUAGCGCCUCCAUGCUCUGGACACUACGCUGACAGACACAGCAAACCUUCUUGCCACAGCUCGCAUUGAUGUGCCAUCCUGGAUGAGCUGCACUACCUGAGCCACUUGAGUGGGUUGUAGACUCCGUCUCAUGCUACCACUAGAGUGAAAGCACCGCCUGCAUUCAAAAGUGUCCAAAACAUCAGCCAGGAAGCAUAGGAACUGAGAAGUGGUCUGUGGUCACCACCUGCAAAACCAGUCCUUUAUUGGGGGUGUCUUGCUAAUUGCCUAUAAUUUCCCCCUGUUGUCUAUUCCAUUUGCACAACAGCAUGUGAAAUGUAUUGUCAAUCAGUGUUGCUUCCUAAGUGGACAGUUUGAUUUCACAGAAGUGUGAUUGAUUGGAGUUACAUUGUGUUGUUUAAGUGUUCCCUUUAUUUUUUUUGAGAAGUGUAUUUCCCUUCAUUACUUUCCAACCCCACCACCCCUACGCCAAUUGGAGUAAGCUAGUGAACAACAACGCUUAGGCCUCUACUUCCAGCCCAUACAUACUAUAUACAUUUCAUGGACACAGUCAAAUUCUACAAUAAAUAUAUUUUGUUUGUUUUUACUCCUGAACUUCCUCCGAUCAUUUUCAUGAUGUCCAUCUGGUUUGCUUCUAAAUGCCAUAUUUUUCUAACUGUGCUCUUUCACAAAAGCUCUUAACCUAUAACCUAUAUACUUAUUAUGGACACAGUAUGCUUUACAUUAGUUAUCUUGUUGUUAUUAGUUGUUGUUAUUAGUCCCAUCCUUCAGCUCCAUUCAACACCUCCCAUCUAUCUCUUAACACCAUCCAUAUUGGAUUUCUAUUUGCCAUAUAUUUUUCAACUGUACUGUGAUGUUUUACAAAAGUUCUGAACCUUUCUAUUCUCAUUGUUUCUACAGAUCAUAAAUUGAAAAUAAACAUUUUUGUUAAAAGUAUUAUUACCCCCAAUCCCUAGGCCCCCGAGAGGCCAGGACCCAUCCAUCGAAAACAGCACACAGUGCCACCCACAAAACAGAAGCAGGUCAACCGCCAAAAGCAUUUCCAAUGCUCUCACCUCAAUAUAUAUAUAUAUAUCUAUUAAAAAAUAUAUAUCCAUUCAAAUAUCUUGCGUAUCUUAUUUUCCUUCAUUAAUGAUUAAUAUGCAUAAUAAUGUUGGCAGUUCAUGCGUAGGAUUUUAACCUAUAACCCGGAUUGCCAUUGUAUUACAUUACAUUUUUGACAAGCAAUUAUUAUUUUAGCAAACAAUUAUUGUGGUUCAUCCUAUAUUCUCCUUAACAUCCUUACCCCCUUACAACAGAUGUGGGAUAAACAUACAUACUCUAACACACUCAACCCCUUUCCUCCACAAUCAACCAUAAGAUCAGAUGCUCAACGGUUGUUACAUCCCAGAGCCCAACUCUAGAAAGGACCUGAUUUACGAAUGCAUAUACAGUUACAGCUGUUUGAGAAAGCAUGCAAGAUUGAGCAAAAAUGGACAACAAUGUGAGAUCUGAUUUAUCUAUUUAAUCUAUGUCAAGUCCUAGGUGAUGGAGAUCAGAUCCACCCUCUUCACCUGAGACACAAACACUCUGGUACCCCGUUUUUCCCAAGCAUCUCCAUACAGUCAGACCUUUGAUUAUUUUGUGCCACUUGGGCCACAAUAAUAAGCCCCCUCUUUGAUUGUCCAAGUGUGACCCCCUCCCCAUGGGUUACUGCAGCCAGUGUUGCCAGCACUGCCACUACCUGGGUGGGGGUACCCCACCGGAAUCCCCACCGGCUAGUGGCUAGGUACAAGGUCAUCAAGGUUCUCAUUAGCAGCUUUGAGAAUUUCCUUGUGUAUUAUGCUCUCCCAUCAGGGGGCUCUGGCUUUGUAGGACCAACCCUGCCAGGCAGGCUCAGAAUCUUGAGGGGGCGGUGCUGCUAUUGUUCUGUUUAGGUUGCAUAUAGGCAACUCACAGCAGGUCCAUAAAACAGAUGGGGACUUCUCUUUGGGGUAUGGGUCACUCAGGUGGGUGUCUAGGAUAUAAUGUUAGCUAAAUGUAGUAAUUAAUAAAUUGCCUAAAUAUCUUUAAAUUGACUAUUCUAUAAACUGUCUUGUGCAAGUUUUAUUAACUUCCAGUGUAAUGAGAGCGACUUCAUUAAAGUGCUAUGUCACACCUGACAGAUUUCUGCCUGCUUGAACGCCAAUAACUUAGAUACACAUGAAAACAUGAAAUGACCCGGGAAAUCGAUAGAACAUCACUCAGAGAUGCACCAAAACGAAAUAACAUUCAAAAUGGGUGAACCUUUCCUUUAAAUAGUAUGUGAAAUUAGUUGCUCUUAUAAUAACAAUAAAGCAUUAUCUAUUGUACUUUUACAGACUAGCUCUCCAAUUGGGUGAAUAUGUCUUGAGGGCUUCCACCAUGCUUCUGCCAUUUUAAAUUAGGCCUAGUCAAAGUAGUCAACUGGGUGGGAAUUCCUAUGGGUUGUAGCCUCAAUGGCGCUGCUGUCGCAGACGCUAUGAUGGCACAGAUAUGAAGAUGAGUCCUCUAUCUAUCUCUAUGAGUGUGCCUCUUUGAUAACGCCAUGGUAUGUUUGGGUAUCACUUACAUGAAAGGUUGAGAGUGCCCUCUGCUGGAUAUUUGAUUGAGGGGGAAAUUAUCCAAGAACUGCGUCCAAUAAAAAGAAAGUGCAACAAAGUGCCAUAUAGUAACAGCAGACGGCGCUACUAGAUUUGUAACAGGAAUACCUAAUUGGCUGUAUUGUACACAUUUCUGACCAUUUUCCAACUCUACUAAUUUGGGACUCAAUAGGCCUAUGACAAACAUGAAACGUGGCGUAUUGGCUAUUGAAGAUCAUUAUUGUCAGUUUGCACGUGCCCACACACUCAUUUCAAUAACCGUCCUUUAUUGAAAUGAGAGUAUUCGUAAAUAUACAUAGGCCUAUACCCUACAGGCCCAAUAUGCCCAACUCCAAAUCCUCCAUGCCAGUGUGUGGUCUAUAACGAUAUGUUGCUAUGAGUUAAAAGGAAGAUUAAAAUAAAGCUUCAAUAGCAAAUCAUAUUCAAGUGAGUGUGGUACUUGGGGCCCUUGUUAAGGUCAAUGGCAUCAUAAACUUUACCAAGUACCAGGACAUUUUAGCCUGGUUGCCUCUGCCAAGAGGCUGACAUUUGGCCGCAAGUGGAUCUUCCAGCAAGACAAUAACCCCAAGCACACAUCAAAAUUCACAAAGAAAUUGUCAAUUGACCACAAAAUCAACAUUUUGCAAUGGCCAUCUCAGUCUUGGGACUUGAACCCCAUUGAAAACCUGUGGUUUGAAUUAAAGAGGGCAGUCCAGUCCAUAAGAGCAGAUGAAGGAUAUCAAUGAUCUGGAAAGAGUCUAUAUGGAGGAAUGGUCUAAGAUCCCUCCCAAUGUGUUUUCCAUUCUCAUUAAACAUUUGAGAAAAAGGUUAAUUGUCGCUAUCGUCGGAAGGGAAGGGUGCUGCGGUAUUGAAAAUAGGGGUGCCAAUAAUUUUGACCCCUAGAUUUUAGAUUUUUUGAAUAACUUGUUAAACAAAAUCGCUUUCUCUGAGCAAUUCUAUUAGUAAACCUAUAAAAUAAUAGAAUUGUCCAAUUCAUUUUAGCAUACAAUAUAGCUCUGUAUUUGUAUUAUUUAUUUUAUACAGUAUUUUGUGCUCAUCUUUAUCAAAUCAAAUCAAAUUGUAUUUGUCACAUGCGCAGAAUACAACAGGUGUUGACUUUACCGUGAAAUGCUUACCUAUGAGCCCUUUCCCAACAAUGCAGAGUUAAAAAGUAAGAAAAAUGGGUGCCAAUAAUUUUGGACCUGAGUGUAUAUUAUCAAAAGUAAACCUUUCCAUUCACAUUAUAUUAUCUCAGUAAAAUCUGUGACGCUUGGCUUUACAACCUACUACCAUGACCCCACCCAUCGCUGUCUUUAGGGAGGAGUGUUCCGGUAGGCUACUUUAAAAACGGUGCUCAAACAAAGGAUAAGUGCAUAGGAUUCCUUAACCUCCAUUAAGAACCCUGUCAAAGCAACCUCAUAGCCAGCAACAUGGUUGAGUGGACAGACUUUGAGCGCGCCACAAUCCAAAGCAUCUUCUCGAAGAUGGACUACGAUGACGUGGGCCCCGCGGCUCUUUCCAGGUAAGCUACCCUUUAUACCCUAUUUGAUGUCAGCGUUAUGGUGCCUUAAACAUUGUUGCCUACAAAUUACUGGAAUUAGUCAUGUUGUUAUCAGAUUCUUUCGCUUGUUAUAACGCUUUUCAAGACGGGUUCUUAUUUGACACAUGCACGUAAUUUUCGCGUAAUGGACAUCUCCAAACGACAAAAUAAUUGAUUUCUGUAAGUUGAGUGUGAUUCUUGACUGUUUAUUAUUUCUACAGGUGUCUGGUCGUGUACCCCUGGACCCAGAGGUAUUUCGGUAACUUCGGAAACCUGUACAAUGCCGCUGCCAUCCAGGGAAACCCCAUGGUCGCCGCUCACGGAAAGACCGUCCUGCACGGACUGGACCGGGCUGUCAAGAACAUGGAUGACAUCAAGGCCACCUACGCUGAGCUGAGUGUGCUGCACUCCGAGAAACUGCACGUGGAUCCGGACAACUUCAGGGUAAAUUAGUUAUCCUUUUCUACUUCACAAGGUCAUAUUCUACUUGCCUAUCUCAAUGCUGCGCCAGAAUGCAUUUUCUUACAUGUCAAUUUUCUCCUUUCUUUUGCAGCUGCUGGCUGACUGCCUGACUAUUGUCGUUGCUGCGAGGAUGGGUGCUGACUUCACCGCUGAUGUCCAGGGCGCUUUCCAGAAGUUCCUGGCCGUCGUGGUGAGCUCCCUGGGCAGACAGUACCACUAGAGCCCCUCCGCUCAUAGACCGACGACCAUCAGAGUACCAACAAGCGCUGAUAAUUUGUUUAGAGGCACAUGUUAUUCCUUCUACUAAAGCAAAUAAAAUCUUCCGCAAAAUAAUAUUUUUUAUCUGUGCCUUAUUUUUCUUGCAUGAACAUCAAUAUGGUGGCACAUAUGGUAGACCUAAUGCAAUAUGAGCUAAGUGUGUAAAUAUUGCCACCUUGUUAUCAGAUAUUGAUAAUGAGCGAUAUAUACAAAUAUUUGGCAAAUAACUAAAAUAUUUUCCAAUUAACCACGCUGACAUGUUACAUUAGCUGUGCACGAACAAACCAAUGCAUAUAAUAAAUACAACCUUGUGUUUAAUGGUGCAGAAUGGAUACAAUGCGUUAAAUGAUAUCAGGACUGCAAUGAUUAAUUCCUGUUUAAACACACACAAUCAUCUAAUUCAUAAAAGUAAACAGAACUUUUCAUAACAGAUCUGGUAUUCUAUGUUAGGUUAAUGGAUUAGUGUGGCAAGGAAUUGUUGAGUGAUCAAGAGUUUAAACCUAGACUCCCUAGUUGCUACAUAUAUAUAUUUUUGAAUUAAUAAUAUUUACCAUUGAUUCUUAAAGAAUAUGACUUGUAUAUGCCUCAUGAGCUCAGUUCAACUGUCGUACCCCAUCAGAACCCAAAAUACAGGCCUAAGCUUGUUUUAUGCUUUUACUCUGUUUGUAAACAAAGUAAAUGUAAACAAACACUGUAUUGCCUCAAAACAUGGUUAAAACUAUAAUUUUGAUAUCAUGGAUGGGCAGUCCUUGCAUCCAUAGCUCUGUCUAUGCAUUUGAGAGUGGUUAGAUUUCUCCAGGCCCAUCCCUCAGUUUUGUACCAAAACAGAUCGUGACCGCUUUGUUAUUGUUUCAAUUAAGGAUUCUAGCUUUAACCAGAUCAACAUGAGAUACAUUUUUAUUUAUUAAUAACAAUAAAUCAGUUAGUGAAAAGAACCCUAUAAAAUACAAAAUACAUUUAUCAGAACCAUGAUAACUUUACAAAAAGUGUUCAGAUAGGAAUCUAUUCAAGUCAUUGUGUAUUUCAUUUUACAUCAUUUAUAAAUGCAACAUGUAACUUUUCACAUUUUAUGAAAACUUAACCACAUUGGUUUAUCAAAAUACAUUAAUAAUAUGUUACAAUUAUAGCAUGAUCAGCAAAACCAUUAGGCUAUGUUUUAUACGUUUUAUACGUUUUUAUGUGUAUAGAGUUUAGGAAUGUUAUUAAUAAAUAAUAUAAAUCCAUUCAUAAUAUAUAUAUACAUAUAUAUAUAUAUGAGUCCUUAAUUAGCCUAAUUAUCUAAUUAAGCAAUAAGGGCGUCUGCUAAAUGGUAUAUUAUAUUAUUAUAUUAUUAUAAUUAGAGCAGUAAAAAUACAUGUUUUGUCUUACCCAUGGUAUACAGUCUGAUAUACCACGGCUUUCAGCCAAUCAGCAUUCAGGGCUCGAACCACCCAGUUUAUAAUAUAUAUUAUUUUGUUAUGUCAAAUCCUUUUUUCCAUUUUGUUUAUGUGGUCCUAUGUCAAAUAGUUUGUUCAAUCUCGUUCAUCAAUAGCAAGUUCUAAGCGAGCCAUUUGAUUCAUCUAUAGGCUACUAUUUCAACUUUGUUCCUCUUCUCGAUUUUUUUCUUUUUACUUUUUUAACUUUUACUGCUAACUUCUCUGAGGACAGAUUUUUGUGGCAAUGUUUUGUAUAUAGUCUCCAUUUUCUUUAUGAUUACCUUUUUGAGUUUCAAUGUCUUUCAGCCUUGCAAACAGCAACGUAUUUCAUCAUAUCAGGUCCUGUGCUCUACAGCACGACUCAUUAAAAACCAAAGUAAAGACCAAAAAACAUAAAUAUGUGCGUUUGAACAUUUAAUUAUAUUUUAGAUCAAUACAGAGCUGAGCACAGUGCUGAUCAAUGCUGCAAUCCGUCUGGUCUGAUGCCUUCUGCCCACAGUUUAUCGGUACUUCUCAGACAGAGCCCGGCCCACGGCGGCCAGGAACUUGUCCAUGGCCACAUGAGCUUCGGGAUUGAAGUCAUCCGGGAACAAGAUAGCCAGCACCACCAAGAUGUUGUGGGACAAGAUCUACAGGACGAAAGGAAUGGAAAUUAGUACGCUACAUGUUUUAAUAGGCUAUUUUAUUUAAUAAGCAAUGUUGUCCAUUUUACUGUAAAGAGUACCCGAUAUGUUUUUAAUGCAUUUUAACUAUACAUUUUGAUUUGGUGUCAACGCUAAACAAAUUAUUAUAAAUAAUGCUGUGACUGUCCUGACCUUGAAGUUGGCGGGAUCGAUACGCAGCGUGAAGGCAUGCAGCUCGCUGAGGGUGAGGAGACCUGCGGUGAGGUCGUCGAUGCUGGCCACGGCUAAACUGAUGCCUCCCAUGACGGUCCCACCGUGCUUCCUGACUGGGGCAGAGCCGGGGCUCAGGUCCUUCCAGUGGGAGAAGUAGGUCUUGGUCUGGGGGUACACCACCAGCGUCCUACACGGGAAGAAAAAGACAUGUCAAGAAAGAUGGAACGCUAACACCAAAUAGUCUACAUUUUUACUUCAAAAACAGCUAUAAAAUUAGCAGCAAGAUAUCCAUUACCUAGACAGAGCAUCGCAUCCGAUGUCCUCAGCCUUGCCGGCCACCUUGGCCCAGAAGGCCUUGACCAUUGCCUUGUCCUUAGCGGUGAGACUCAUGAUUGUCGUUAAAGACGAUGCUGAAGUAAAAGUUCAGUGAUGAGCUCUUACAAACGAAGCCUUUUUAUAUUAGCCGCGAGCCCCACCCAAUGCAGCCCCACCUCCAAGAUACACAAGAUGCAACAUGCCUUUUGUUAAUUUUCAAUAGGCACAAUGCCUCACAAGUUAUUUCUUUAUUUGCUUGUUUUACUGAACAAAAACACAAGUUGGUACAGUCCUCCAUACAAGACUUACAAAGACAUUGUUAGCACCUUGUGAGCAACACACAAUAUCAAACACAAAACACACAGGGUAGAGAUGGAUAAAAAUUAUGAAAAAAAAGAAGAAAUACAUGAUUAUCACAGUCAUUGAAGUCCACAAAGAUAUUUAGUAUUAGAGAUGUGUUGAGAGUUUUUUUUAUGCUGGUAGUUUUCACAAGGGAGUUAGUCAUAUAUAUAUUUUAAUUUAAUACAAAAUAAUUCAAUAUUAGUUUAUUUAUUUAUUUAUCCCUCUGGCUUUAUGGUAUUUACCCAAAAAAUAGAAAAGUCUAAUUGUAUUGUCAAUGGCUAAAUUGCCUGUAUCAUGAGUAAGAAAUAGAAGCCUGUACUCAGAAAUAUGGAAAAGUUAAGACAAGUUUAACGGUAGAGAUUGUUCCAAAAUAGAUUGGAAUAGUGCAAUUAUAAAAAUGAAUAUUAUAUGGAUUCGAGCUUACUAGCACAGAAUAAACAUAGAGGUGAAAUAUCAAUUAAUUUGUUUAGAAAUGUAUUACAAGGAUAAAAAUGAUGUAAUAUCUUAGUAGGCUAUGUAGUAUAUCUUAGUAAUAUAUUAAUAUCGUAGUUAUAUCUUAGUAAUAUCUGACUAUAGGCAUACACAGAGUUAGUUGAAAACUGUUUCUCAGACAAAGUCAUUGAAUCCCCACCAAGUGUAAUUGAUGUGCAAUAGGUCUAUCACUUCAGAUAGUAGGCAUAUUACACAUUUUUUGCAUAUGUUUAGAACUGUAUAUUUCCCCACUAUUUUUGGCUUAUUUUUGUUAAUAUUUCAAAUAAUGUUAAUGUAAUAAUUGUUAUGUAACCUAAUACUUUAAUUAAUGAUUUCAUAAUUUAUUUUAGGACAGUAUAUUCUUGUCAAAUUGCUUUUAAACAUAUAUGGUAAACAGUAAACCUUCACAUUAUUAUCUCAGUAAAAUCUGUGACUCUUGGCUUAUACAGCCCCCUACCAUGACCCCACCCAUCGCUGUCUUUGGGGAGGAGCGUUCCGAUCCUUUUAAAAACGCUGCUCAAACGAAGACCAAGUGUAUAUGAUUCCUUAGCCUCUGUGAAAGAAACUUCAACAGCUAGCAACAUGGUUGAGUGGACAGACUUUGAGCGCGCCACCAUUCAGAGCAUCUUCGGGAAGAUGGACUACGAUGACGUGGGCCCCGCGGCUCUUUCCAGGUAGGCUACAACUUUUAUACCUUACACGUAUUUGAUUUCAGAAUGAUGGUGCGUUUAACACUGUGGUCUACAAAUUAUUGGAAUUAGUCAUGUUAUUAUCAGAUUAGUAUGCGCUUGUUAUUUUGAUUUUCAAGAGGGAUUCGUAUUUGAGACAGGUGUGUAAUUAACGCAUAAUUGACAUCUCCAAAUGACACAUUAAUUGAUUUCCGUAAAUUGUGUGUAUGCAGACAUCACGUUUGUGUAAUUAUUGACUGUUUAUUAUUUCUACAGGUGUCUGGUCGUGUACCCCUGGACCCAGAGGUAUUUCGGUAACUUUGGAAACCUGUACAACGCAGCUGCCAUCCAGGGAAACCCCAAGGUAGCCGCUCACGGAAAGACCGUCUUGCACGGACUGGACCGGGCUGUCAAGAACAUGGAUGACAUCAAGGCCACCUACGCCGAGCUGAGUGUGCUGCACUCCGAGAAACUGCACGUAGAUCCCGACAACUUCAGGGUAAAUUAGUUAUAAUUUUCUACUUCACACAAGGUCACAUUCUACUUGCCUAUCUAUUACAAUAGUGUGUCCAUUUUCUCCUUUCUUUUGCAGCUGCUGGCUGACUGCCUGACUAUUGUCGUUGCUGCGAGGAUGGGUGCUGACUUCACCGCUGAUGUCCAGGGCGCUUUCCAGAAGUUCCUGGCCGUCGUGGUGAGCUCCCUGGGCAGACAGUACCACUAGAGCCCCUCCGCUCAGAGACCGACGACCAUCAGAGUACCAACAAGCGCUGAUCAUUUGUUUAGAGGCACAUGUUGUUCCUUCUACUAAAGCAAAUAAAAUCUUCCGCAAAAGAAUAUUUUUUUAUCUGUGCCUUAUUUUUGUUGCAUGAACAUCAAUAUGGUGGCACAUAUGGUAGACUAAUGCAAUAUGAGCUAAGUGUGUAAAUAUUGCCACCUUGUUAUCAGAUAUUGAUAAUGAGCGAUAUAUACAAAUAUUUGGCAAAUAACUAAAAUAUUUUCCAAUUAACCACGCUGACAUGUUACAUUAGCUGUGCACGAACAAACCAAUGCAUAUAAUAAAUACAACCUUGUGUUUAAUGGUGCAGAAUGGAUACAAUGCGUUAAAUGAUAUCAGGACUGCAAUGAUUAAUUCCUGUUUAAACACACACAAUCAUCUAAUUCAUAAAAGUAAACAGAACUUUUCAUAACAGAUCUGGUAUUCUAUGUUAGGUUAAUGGAUUAGUGUGGCAAGGAAUUGUUGAGUGAUCAAGAGUUUAAACCUAGACUCCCUAGUUGCUACAUAUAUAUUUUUUUGAAUUAAUAAUAUUUACCCAUUGAUUCUUAAAGAAUAUGACUUGUAUAUGCCUCAUGAGCUCAGUUCAACUGUCGUACCCCAUCAGAACCCAAAAUACAGGCCUAAGCUUGUUUUAUGCUUUUACUCUGUUUGUAAACAAAGUAAAUGUAAACAAACACUGUAUUGCCUCAAAACAUGGUUAAAACUAUAAUUUUUAUAUCAUGGAUGGGCAGUCCUUGCAUCCAUAGCUCUGUCUAUGCAUUUGAGAGUGGUUAGAUUUCUCCAGGCCCAUCCCUCAGUUUUUUACCAAAACAGAUCGUGACCGCUUUGUUAUUGUUUCAAUUAAGGAUUCUAGCUUUAACCAGAUCAACAUGAGAUACAUUUUUAUUUAUUAAUAACAAUAAAUCAGUUAGUGAAAAGAACCCUAUAAAAUACAAAAUACAUUUAUCAGAACCAUGAUAACUUUACAAAAAGUGUUCAGAUAGGAAUCUAUUCAAGUCAUUGUGUAUUUCAUUUUACAUCAUUUAUAAAUGCAACAUGUAACUUUUCACAUUUUAUGAAAACUUAACCACAUUGGUUUAUCAAAAUACAUUAAUAAUAUGUUACAAUUAUAGCAUGAUCAGCAAAACCAUUAGGCUAUGUUUUAUACGUUUUAUACGUUUUUAUGUGUAUAGAGUUUAGGAAUGUUAUUAAUAAAUAAUAUAAAUCCAUUCAUAAUAUAUAUAUACAUAUAUAUAUGAGUCCUUAAUUAGCCUAAUUAUCUAAUUAAGCAAUAAGGCCCGAGGGGGGGGGGGGGGGUUAUAUGGGACCACCCAUACGUAAAAAUGUAUGCACACAUGACCGUAAGUCGCUUUGGAUAAAAGCGUCUGCUAAAUGGUAUAUUAUAUUAUUAUAUUAUUAUAAUUAGAGCAGUAAAAAUACAUGUUUUGUCUUACCCAUGGUAUACAGUCUGAUAUACCACGGCUUUCAGCCAAUCAGCAUUCAGGGCUCGAACCACCCAGUUUAUAAUAUAUAUUAUUUUGUUAUGUCAAAUCCUUUUUUCCAUUUUGUUUAUGUGGUCCUAUGUCAAAUAGUUUGUUCAAUCUCGUUCAUCAAUAGCAAGUUCUAAGCGAGCCAUUUGAUUCAUCUAUAGGCUACUAUUUCAACUUUGUUCCUCUUCUCGAUUUUUUUCUUUUUACUUUUUUAACUUUUACUGCUAACUUCUCUGAGGACAGAUUUUUGUGGCAAUGUUUUGUAUAUAGUCUCCAUUUUCUUUAUGAUUACCUUUUUGAGUUUCAAUGUCUUUCAGCCUUGCAAACAGCAACGUAUUUCAUCAUAUCAGGUCCUGUGCUCUACAGCACGACUCAUUAAAAACCAAAGUAAAGACCAAAAAACAUAAAUAUGUGCGUUUGAACAUUUAAUUAUAUUUUAGAUCAAUACAGAGCUGAGCACAGUGCUGAUCAAUGCUGCAAUCCGUCUGGUCUGAUGCCUUCUGCCCACAGUUUAUCGGUACUUCUCAGACAGAGCCCGGCCCACGGCGGCCAGGAACUUGUCCAUGGCCACAUGAGCUUCGGGAUUGAAGUCAUCCGGGAACAAGAUAGCCAGCACCACCAAGAUGUUGUGGGACAAGAUCUACAGGACGAAAGGAAUGGAAAUUAGUACGCUACAUGUUUUAAUAGGCUAUUUUAUUUAAUAAGCAAUGUUGUCCAUUUUACUGUAAAGAGUACCCGAUAUGUUUUUAAUGCAUUUUAACUAUACAUUUUGAUUUGGUGUCAACGCUAAACAAAUUAUUAUAAAUAAUGCUGUGACUGUCCUGACCUUGAAGUUGGCGGGAUCGAUACGCAGCGUGAAGGCAUGCAGCUCGCUGAGGGUGAGGAGACCUGCGGUGAGGUCGUCGAUGCUGGCCACGGCUAAACUGAUGCCUCCCAUGACGGUCCCACCGUGCUUCCUGACUGGGGCAGAGCCGGGGCUCAGGUCCUUCCAGUGGGAGAAGUAGGUCUUGGUCUGGGGGUACACCACCAGCGUCCUACACGGGAAGAAAAAGACAUGUCAAGAAAGAUGGAACGCUAACACCAAAUAGUCUACAUUUUUACUUCAAAAACAGCUAUAAAAUUAGCAGCAAGAUAUCCAUUACCUAGACAGAGCAUCGCAUCCGAUGUCCUCAGCCUUGCCGGCCACCUUGGCCCAGAAGGCCUUGACCAUUGCCUUGUCCUUAGCCGUGAGACUCAUGAUUGUCGUUAAAGACGAUGCUGAAGUAAAAGUUCAGUGAUGAGCUCUUACAAACGAAGCCUUUUUAUAUUAGCCGCGAGCCCCACCCAAUGCAGCCCCACCUCCAAGAUACACAAGAUGCAACAUGCCUUUUGUUAAUUUUCAAUAGGCACAAUGCCUCACAAGUUAUUUCUUUAUUUGCUUGUUUUACUGAACAAAAACACAAGUUGGUACAGUCCUCCAUACAAGACUUACAAAGACAUUGUUAGCACCUUGUGAGCAACACACAAUAUCAAACACAAAACACACAGGGUAGAGAUGGAUAAAAAUUAUGAAAAAAAAGAAGAAAUACAUGAUUAUCACAGUCAUUGAAGUCCACAAAGAUAUUUAGUAUUAGAGAUGUGUUGAGAGUUUUUUUUAUGCUGGUAGUUUUCACAAGGGAGUUAGUCAUAUAUAUAUUUUAAUUUAAUACAAAAUAAUUCAAUAUUAGUUUAUUUAUUUAUUUAUCCCUCUGGCUUUAUGGUAUUUACCCAAAAAAUAGAAAAGUCUAAUUGUAUUGUCAAUGGCUAAAUUGCCUGUAUCAUGAGUAAGAAAUAGAAGCCUGUACUCAGAAAUAUGGAAAAGUUAAGACAAGUUUAACGGUAGAGAUUGUUCCAAAAUAGAUUGGAAUAGUGCAAUUAUAAAAAUGAAUAUUAUAUGGAUUCGAGCUUACUAGCACAGAAUAAACAUAGAGGUGAAAUAUCAAUUAAUUUGUUUAGAAAUGUAUUACAAGGAUAAAAAUGAUGUAAUAUCUUAGUAGGCUAUGUAGUAUAUCUUAGUAAUAUAUUAAUAUCGUAGUUAUAUCUUAGUAAUAUCUGACUAUAGGCAUACACAGAGUUAGUUGAAAACUGUUUCUCAGACAAAGUCAUUGAAUCCCCACCAAGUGUAAUUGAUGUGCAAUAGGUCUAUCACUUCAGAUAGUAGGCAUAUUACACAUUUUUUGCAUAUGUUUAGAACUGUAUAUUUCCCCACUAUUUUUGGCUUAUUUUUGUUAAUAUUUCAAAUAAUGUUAAUGUAAUAAUUGUUAUGUAACCUAAUACUUUAAUUAAUGAUUUCAUAAUUUAUUUUAGGACAGUAUAUUCUUGUCAAAUUGCUUUUAAACAUAUAUGGUAAACAGUAAACCUUCACAUUAUUAUCUCAGUAAAAUCUGUGACUCUUGGCUUAUACAGCCCCCUACCAUGACCCCACCCAUCGCUGUCUUUGGGGAGGAGCGUUCCGAUCCUUUUAAAAACGCUGCUCAAACGAAGACCAAGUGUAUAUGAUUCCUUAGCCUCUGUGAAAGAAACUUCAACAGCCAGCAACAUGGUUGAGUGGACAGACUUUGAGCGCGCCACCAUUCAGAGCAUCUUCGGGAAGAUGGACUACGAUGACGUGGGCCCCGCGGCUCUUUCCAGGUAGGCUACAACUUUUAUACCUUACACGUAUUUGAUUUCAGAAUGAUGGUGCGUUUAACACUGUGGUCUACAAAUUAUUGGAAUUAGUCAUGUUAUUAUCAGAUUAGUAUGCGCUUGUUAUUUUGAUUUUCAAGAGGGAUUCGUAUUUGAGACAGGUGUGUAAUUAACGCAUAAUUGACAUCUCCAAAUGACACAUUAAUUGAUUUCCGUAAAUUGUGUGUAUGCAGACAUCACGUUUGUGUAAUUAUUGACUGUUUAUUAUUUCUACAGGUGUCUGGUUGUGUACCCCUGGACCCAGAGGUAUUUCGGUAACUUCGGAAACCUGUACAACGCAGCUGCCAUCCAGGGAAACCCCAAGGUAGCCGCUCACGGAAAGACCGUCUUGCACGGACUGGACCGGGCUGUCAAGAACAUGGAUGACAUCAAGGCCACCUACGCCGAGCUGAGUGUGCUGCACUCCGAGAAACUGCACGUAGAUCCCGACAACUUCAGGGUAAAUUAGUUAUAAUUUUCUACUUCACACAAGGUCACAUUCUACUUGCCUAUCUAUUACAAUAGUGUGUCCAUUUUCUCCUUUCUUUUGCAGCUGCUGGCUGACUGCCUGACUAUUGUCGUUGCUGCGAGGAUGGGUGCUGACUUCACCGCUGAUGUCCAGGGCGCUUUCCAGAAGUUCCUGGCCGUCGUGGUGAGCUCCCUGGGCAGACAGUACCACUAG